AGAAAUACAGCGCGGUUUGGUGCAAGAUGUUCCGGGCUCGAAGAUAAAUUGUACCAGACCUUUGGCCCGAAGAACCGCCGGUGACCGAGAGAGCCUGCCAGGGUUGAGGAAGCCUGGGGGAGGGGGGGGGUUAGAAUGGGAGGCCGACGAUAGGGGAGUUACGCCGGGGGGGAAAGGAUGGGGAGAACGAAGGAUGAGGAUGGGGAGGCCGACGAUAGGGGAGUUACGUCGGGGGGAAGGAUGGGGAGGGAAAAGAUGAGGAUAGGGAGGCCGACGAUAGGGGAGUUACGCCGGGGGGAAUGAUGGGGAGGGGGAAGGAUGGGGAGGGGGAGGGGUGGAUUCCUCAACAGGAACGAGCUCAGUAGAGGAUAUCGUGGUCAUUAUUGUAGAUAGCCCUCGUCAGUGUCACAGAUUCCGUCGACUGGAACGUGCUCAAUACUGUAAUCCAAGUCAUCUGUAUCCUUGGCCUCCUCGACGGGAACGAGUGACGUUUGAAGAUUGGGCUCGUCAUCUGCAGGACCGACUUCCUCAAAUUCAUGGGCGGCAUGUCCUCCAUUUUCAACGUUGGGGAUAACCAGCUCUUUAACAAGGUCGUUAUUUUCUUCCAUGAAGAUGUCCAGCGCUUUCACAAGGUCGUCAUUUUCUUCCAUGAAGAUGUCCAGCACUUUGAUAAGGUCGUCAUUUUCUUCACUGGAGAAGGCCAGCGCUUUGACAAAGUUGUCAUUUUCUUCCUUGGAGAGGGCCACCGCUUUGACAAGGUCGUUAAUUUCAUCCAUGGAAAUGGCCAACGCUUUUACAAGCUCGUCAUCUUCAGCCUUGGGGAUGGCCAGCGCUUUUACAAGCUCGUCAUCUUCAGCCUUGGGGAUGUCCAGCGCUUUUACAAGCUCGUCAUCUUCAGCCUUGCAGAUAUCCAGCGCUUUUACAAGUUCGUCAUCUUCAGCCUUGCAGAUAUCCAGCGCUUUUACAAGUUCGUCAUCUUCAGCCUUGCAGAUAUUCAGCGCUUUUACAAGUUCGUCAUCUUCAGCCUUGCAGAUAUCCAGCGCUUUUACAAGUUCGUCAUCUUCAGCCUUGCAGAUAUCCAGCGCUUUUACAAGCUCGUCAUCUUCAGCCUUGCAGAUAUCCAGCGCUUUUACAAGCUCGUCAUCAUCAGCCUUGCAGAUAUCCAGCGCUUUUACAAGUUUGUCAUCUUCAGCCUUGCAGAUAUCCAGCGCUUUUACAAGCUCGUCAUCUUCAGCCUUGCAGAUAUCCAGCGCUUUUACAAGUUCGUCAUCAUCAGCCUUGGGGAUGGCCAACGCUUUUACAAGCUCGUUAUCUUCAGCCUUGCAGAUAUCAUGCGCUUGUGCAAGUUCGUCAUCUUCAGCCUUGCAGAUAUCCAGCGCUUUUACAAGUUCGUCAUCUUCAGCCUUGCAGAUAUCCAGCGCUUGUACAAGUUCGUCAUCUUCAGCCUUGCAGAUAUCCAGCGCUUGUACAAGUUCGUCAUCUUCAGCCUUGCAGAUAUCCAGCGCUUGUACAAGUUCGUCAUCUUCAGCCUUGCAGAUAUCCAGCGCUUUUACAAGGUCGUCAUCUUCAGCCUUGCAGAUAUCCAGCGCUUGUACAAGUUCGUCAUCUUCAGCCUUGCAGAUAUCCAGCGCUUGUACAAGUUCGUCAUCUUCAGCCUUGCAGAUAUCCAGCGCUUGUACAAGUUCGUCAUCUUCAGCCUUGCAGAUAUCCAGCGCUUUUACAAGCUCGUCAUCUUCAGCCUUGCAGAUAUCCAGCGCUUGUACAAGGUCGUCAUCUUCAGCCUUGCAGAUAUCCAGCGCUUUUACAAGUUCGUCAUCUUCAGCCUUGCAGAUAUCCAGCGCUUUUACAAGUUCGUUAUCUUCAGCCUUGCAGAUAUCCAGCGCUUUUACAAGUUCGUUAUCUUCAGCCUUGCAGAUAUCCAGCGCUUUUACAAGUUCGUUAUCUUCAGCCUUGCAGAUAUCCAGCGCUUUUACAAGCUCGUCAUCUUCAGCCUUGCAGAUAUCCAGCGCUUGUACAAGGUCGUCAUCUUCAGCCUUGGGGAUGGCCAGCGCUUUUACGAGUUCGUCAUCAUCAGCCUUGCAGAUGUCCAGCGCUUGUACAAGGUCGUCAUCUUCAGCCUUGGGGAUGGCCAGCGCUUUUACAAGGUCGUCAUCAUCACCCUUGCAGAUGGCCAGCGCUUUUACAAGGUCGUCAUCUUCAGCCUUGAAGAUGGCCAGCGCUUUUACAAGUUCGUCAUUCUUUUCCAUGAAGAUGUUCAGCGUUUUGACAAGGUCGUUAAUUUCAUCCAUGGAGAUGGCCAACGCCUUAACAAAGUCGUCAUUUUCUUUCUUGGACAUGGCCAGCGCUUUGAAAAGGUUGUUAUUUUCUUCCAUGAAGAUGUCCAGCGCUUUUACAAGGUCGUUAUUUUUAUCCCUGGAAAUGGCCAGCGCUUUGACUAAGUCGUCAUUUUCUUCCUUGAACAUGUCCAGCGCUUUUACAAUGUCGUUAUUUUCAUCCUUGGAAAUGUCCAGCGCUCUGACAAGAUCGUUAUUUUCAGCCUUGGAUAUGGCCAGCGCCUUGACAAUGUCGAUAUUUUCAUCCUUGGAAAUGUCCAGCGCUCUGACAAGAUCGUUAUUUUCAGCCUUGGAUAUGGCCAGCGCCUUGACAAUGUCGUUAUUUUCAUCCUUGGAAAUGUCCAGCGCUCUGACAAGAUCGUUAUUUUCAGCCUUGGAUAUGGCCAGCGCCUUGACAAUUUCGUUAUUUUCAUCCUUGGAAAUGUCCAGCGCUCUGACAAGAUCGUUAUUUUCAGCCUUGGAUAUGGCCAGCGCUUUGAUAAGGUCGAUAUUUUCAUCCUUGGAAAUGUCCAGCGCUCUGACAAGAUCGUUAUUUUCAGCCUUGGAGAUUUCCAGCGCUUUGAUAAGGUCGAUACUUUCAUCCUUGGAAAUGUCCAGCGCUCUGACAAGAUCGUUAUUUUCAGCCUUGGAUAUGGCCAGCGCUUUGAUAAGGUCGUUAUUUUCUUGCCGGGAGAAAGACACGACUUUUUGCUGCCUGUCAAUUUCAUUCCUAGCGUUAGACAGAUCACUAAGCAGGCCGUGGUUUUCUUCCUGGAAUAAGGACACGAAUUUUCGGAGCCUGUGAAUUAUUUUUCCAGCGUUAGAUAAGUCACUGAGCAGGACGCUAUUUUCGCGUCGCGAUAAGUGCAGGUCAUUGAUCAGGCCGCUGUUUUCUUCCUCCAGCGCUAAUCUUUGCUGCUCUUUCUCUCUCCAAGCCGUUUCUUGAGCCAGCACCGCCCUGUGCAGGACGCUGGCUUCAUCUAUGGCCUGAAGUAGAAGGACGGACAAGAGGGCGUUUUGUCUUUUUAGGUCCUGCAACGCCAGCUGACUCCGCUCUUGUUCGGCCAGCAGAUCAGCAAUCACCCAGGCCUUGUGGGCCACGAGCUGUCCCGACGGGGGUUCUCCCUCCACAGGCCCGGCGGCGCGCAGCCCUUCGGCUGGCGGGGUUGUAGGGCCGAGCCCGGUGUACUCCAGAAGCAGAUUGGUGGCCAAGGCCCACCACACCAGUGCCAGAACAACGUCAAUUCUCAUCGUGGUGAUGAUAAUUGAAA